AUGAUUCCCAUUGAACCAUUGCCGAAGUUGCUGGAGGACAGCAAUUACUUGCGGCGGUCUGCAAGAUCAAAACAAACUGGAAAGGGUCGUAAAAGCAGCAGUCCUUCUGAGGAAGAUGAAAGCAAAAGUGAGGAUUCUUCUUCGGAUUCUGAGGAUUACAAGCGAAAAAGCCGUAAGGUGAUUUCUCAGAAGAAGUCGAAAAAAGUUUCAAAGACCCGUUCUCGCGGACCAAAAUCAUCUCGAUCACAAGUGGAUUACACAGAAAAGGGAACCGAUGAAGACGUGGGUGGAAUUCAGCUUUUGUUGAUGAGCAGUUCUAUCCAAUUCACGGAGUUUUUCCGGAUUUAUAUUCAGAUCGAUGACAAUGAUGUUCUCGAAUGGGAAGAUGACAAGAAGUCACCGUCUUCGGUUGCAGCCAACGCUGAAACUAUUGAGCGUGUUAUCAAAUCACGAAUGGGAUCUGUAGGCGCUACUGGUUCGGCAACUACAUGCUAUAAUGUAGCAGAGAAGGGAGACCCUAACGACCCUUCGUCUAGUUCACUAGAGCAACAAUUUCUUAUCAAGUAUGUGACUCAUUAUCUUCUGUUUUUACUCCCUUCAAAUGAAUUUCGUCUGUUUGACUGA